UUUGUCACGCUGGUGCUUGUGUGAUUACUCUGUGGUUCCCACCCUGGUUUUGCGAAAAGGCAAAAACUGACGAAAAGCAUAAAUUUCAAGUAAUAGAAUAGAGCCCUACUAUGGCGUCCAAGGUCCAUGUGGAUAACGUAGUGAAUGAACGUCGGUUGCGACCAAUUUACGACUGGUUAGACUACGGAAACAAUAAAAAGGCCCUCCAAGAGGCGGACAAGGUUCUCAGGAAGCAACCGGGUCAUCAAUGUGCAAGGGUUCUCAAAGCAUUGGCCCUCCUACGACUCGGCAAGGAAACCGAAUGUCAAGUUAUCAUGGAUAAAGUCAGGUUGGAAGUACCCUGCGAAGAUUCUACCUUACAGGCGAUGAGUAUCUGCUACAGAGAAAUACACCGACCUGAUAAAAUCAGCGAGGUAUAUGAAGCAGCGGCAAAAGCAGACCCAAAUAAUGAAGAGCUACUCACACACUUGUUCAUGUCAUAUGUAAGACUAGGAGAUUUCAAGAAGCAGCAACACACUGCUAUGGCUUUGUACAAAUUAGUGCCUAAGAAUCCGUACUACUUUUGGGCUGUUAUGAGUAUUGUCAUGCAGGCCGUUCAAGCCGACGAAAACAUAGCUAAAAGAGUAACAUUGCCACUUGCAGAAAGAAUGGUAUUAAAGUUGGUUAACGAAGGAAAAAUUGAAGCAGAACAAGAAGUACAAUUAUAUUUAAUGAUCCUGGAACUUCAAGGGAAGGACGAAGAAGUUUUGAAAGUUUUAGGAGGACCCUUAGCUUCGCGUGUCUCCAAUCUGGAGCCAAGGAAAGCGAAGUUAUUGCUUAAAAUGCAGCAGUAUGCAGAAGCCGUCAGUGCUUUUAAGGAACUUAUUAGGCAAGACGCAGACAACUGGACGUUUUACAAGGAUUACCUAUCUGCUGCUCUAAAAUGUCAAUCAUUAGGAGAUUGCUUAAAAUUUUUGGAUGAAACUGCAGCUGUAGCUGGUAAAAAAUCAAGAGCUCCGCAGCUUGCCCGUCUUGAGUUAUUUAAUACAGCACGGGAAAGCCAAAUCGAUUGCCCAUUCAGUCAUGUAGAAGACAUGCAUAAAUAUUUUAAUAAAUUUGGAUCAAAAGGUUGUGUGGUCAGCGAAUUAAAAAUGUACUUACACCUUCUGUCAACCCCGGAGAAAGAUCUUCUAUUAGAGAAGAUCGAGAAAGAUAUUGGCGUCAGUAAGGACGGAUAUCCUGAGUCUGUCGACCAAAUGCAGAGAUACAUUCACUUCAACCAAUUAAGGCGUCUUUGUGGGAUGCAUCAUUUUCCUAAAAUUGAUUUAGAGGAAAUGAAAAAACUUGUGCUACGAUUCUGUCACCUAUAUAAAAAAGGAAAUGAACUUUGUCCGGAACAAGAAAGGCUAACGACAGAUUAUUGUCCAGCAGAUGCAUAUAUUUUGCUAGCUACUCAUUUGUUACACCAGUUAUGGCAUGAAACUGGCGAAGCGGAAUAUCUUUACAGGGCGAUGGACUUACUGGAGCGAUGUUUAGCAUCAAGUACUUCUAAUUUUCACGUAAAGAUCCUAUUAGUGAGGAUUUACCUAGAAGCGGGUUUUAUAGGAGCAGCUGAUUAUGCCUUCGUUUUACUAGAUGCAAAACAUAUUCAGCUAGAUUCUCUGGGAUUUUUACACACGCCUUUGCUUGCACCUUUGGGACUGCUGUCACACGCUUCUCAUAAUCUCGAACAGACGGCUAAAUUUUUCGUUGGUAAUUCCAAAGAUAGCGCAGACCACUUGACCUUCGCUUACAAAUAUGGGAGUUUUUUGAAGAUUCAAGAAUUCGUCGACUUGAAAGAGCGUUUGGAAAAAUCAAUUCACUUUGCUACAACGACUGUAGACAAAAUGUUAAUAGAGUUGACUCGGAGCGAAGAUUCUUCUGUAUUUAUGUCUGCACUAGGAACUAUGCAUAUUGAACCAUCCGAAGAUUUAAUUAAGUGGGAUCUUCUUAGGGAUAAUCGAGACCUAGAGGUUAUUGUCGGUUGGGAGCCGAUCCACGCGAAAGAUGGGGAUCCCAGAAUGAGAAAAGAGACUAAAGAGUGCAUGUUAAGCUUACUGAGGGCACGCAAUCUGAUAUUACGAAUAUUGGCAUCUGUUGCUGAAUCUAAUACUACAUUCCUUUUCACGAAAUUGUCUCAAGAUAUGAGAACAUUAGUUCGUGAAAGUAUUCCAGCAGUUCUUCAGAAUUUUUGGAAUGAGGACGGAAAAGAUAAAGUUAACACUGUAAUAAUACCUAUCGAUGCUGUGAUGCGUUUAAGAGAAAUGUAUGAUUCAGAGCAGCUGAUUGCGAUUGCUUGUCUGGCAGAGUCUCUUUCUCUAUCUCCUUACCCUGAUGAGACUUGUAUUGAAAUACUUAGAAAGUCUCCAAGUAUACAGUUACCGUCUAUACCAGAGCAAGAAAAGCCAAUUGCUUUUACUAAAUUUUUCUUGAGAGCAUCGACAUGCGGAGAAACUCUCUCCAUUUUGGGUUCUAUUUGCGUAGCGGUUAUUUCUCUAUUAAAAUCACAGAAUUCACAGAAGAAGAAUAAGAAAAAGCAAAAUAAAGAAAAUGUGAAGAUUUCCCCGGAAAUAAGCCAAAAUUGGGUAAACAUGGAAGAACUUCUCUCGGAGAGAUUACAAACCCUGGAAGCAGUACUUACGAAACUUGAGAAAAGUACAAUUGAUAUGGGAUUCAAGAGCAACGACGAAGUGGCACAGAACAUACAAAAGCACGUGUACACAAGUAUUAAUCAAACUUGCAAAUCUCUAAAGGCCCGUAUUUUCUACACAAUGAAACAUUUGAGUGAUUUAAAGAGCUGAAAUUUUGAAGGUCAGAAUCUGUACAAAGUUGAUCUAAUUCAACGAUCAUUAACUAACUGGCAUCUUCAAUUUUGUAUAUAGUGCUAGGUGAUUGUGCUUAUUAUCUAUUGCCAAAACCUUGUCACGUCAGUCUUGAUGAAAAAAUACGCAAAAAUGGUUUGCUAAACCAUAACUUCAAUUUGUUUCAUAUUUUGACAUAACUCUAAAAAUAAUUUAAUAGAAUUAAGAAAAUAACAAGAUUCCUUAUAAAUUAAACCGCUUUUCAUGUAUCAUGACCUUAAUUUGAUGACAUCGGAUUGAUUUCAAUUUUAAGCAAGUGAGUGAUUACUAAUGAGAGAUUAAGAUAAUUAGAUUUCUAUUCGUCAAAUUUAUACAGUUUUCUAAAUAACUUUUUAUUUUAGAGAAGGAACGGGCAUGUGUGUAAAUAUAUACAUACGAAAGGAUUGUAUUUUUAGGAAACACUGCCAUAAGAAGAGUUACGUAAUAACGAAGCAAGUGAUCUGUUUGUCGCACAUACACUACAAGUGGUGCUAUUUCCACUCUUUUAAAACGCUUAUAAACAGUUUUACAAAUAUAAAUUUAGGAAUUCAACAUGUUUGAAUGUCCGGUAAAAAUGAAUCUUCUUUCGUUGUGAGGAACCCAUUCAUCGAUAUUACUUUCUUUUACAAUCUUUGUACAUAAAAUUGUUAGCAAAAUAAGACAAACAGUUAUCCGUCAACCACAGCUGAACUGUCUUAGAAUGAAGGUAUAUAAAUUUAGAUUAAAUAGCAACAUCACAAUACAAAUUCGCGAGGAAAAUCUGAAAUGUUAAACGCCUUCAAAAUGAAAAGACUCUUACCUCGGAAGCUAAGGGAAAGGGGCCACAUUUUCGAUGUAGACUCAUUUUCAAUUUGAGAAUUAGAACUUUCUCCUUCAGGCGCAUCCUGCAGUAGUAAGAAGACCAAAUGACAAUGCGCAAAGAUGAGCGAGAGGACGUAUAAGAAACGACAAAGGAAUUUUCCUUGAUUGAUGUGGUAUAUCUGUAAUAGGUUUUUGAUUGGUUGGUUGUCGGGGUAAAUCUGCAUAAUUAAUAACUCAACAAUCAAAAACGUCUCUCAGAUAUUCCACUCAAGUCGAGAUGAAACUCCUUUAUGUUUUAUCCCCCCGCCCCCAUAUAUAAUCGGAAAAUUUCAGAUACACAGUUUGGUCUUCUUGCAAUUAUUAUUUCAUGAAGUUAUGUAAGCCCUAUCGACGAGGUUAUUACGAUUUGUACUAAUUUUCACAAACAACUAAAUCUACAAAUAUUUAUAUUGAAUGUGUAAAUAAACAUUUCAAUGUUUUGCAAUUUUUCGAGUCGUUAAAUAUUUACUUUAAAAAAUAUUGUUAAUUCUCUUCUACGAUGAUUUUCUUUGGGAAAAGUAAAAUAGACUAGUUUGUUGUAAACUGAUUUUUAUAGUAAAUAUUCAAUAUGUACAAGAUUUGCGAUGACAAUUACUUCAUUAAUAUAUUAAAGAACGAAACAAUACGCCAGCAUAACUGCUAAAAAUUUCAGUAAAAUCUAACCUAAUUUAUAAAAGAAAUAUCGUGAUGUAAUUCGAAUGUUAAUGAAAUUUUACAUUUGUACAAAAUAUUUCUCAAUUAGAAAAAUCAAGAUUAUUAUUAAUUAAUUAGCGUGUAUCACUUACCAUGCUUACCAUGCUUUUGACAAAAGUCAAAAUGACAAAAAUAAAACGAAGGCGUAAUAAAUAAUAAAAUUAUA